GGAAAAAUAUUUGUAUCUGAAUUAUAUACAAUCCAUUUAAUUUCUUUGUAUUAUUCUUUUUUUUCAGUGUGAUAUAUGGUCAUUGGGGGUGACAGCAUAUGAAAUGGCAGAGGGACAACCUCGUAAGUAAAACUCGAGAAAUCUCAUGUCUACAUUGUAAUCAAGGCAGGAGGUUUUGAGAUUAAGCCUUGUGCUAUAGAGACGUGUAGGAAACCAUAUCAUGUAUCGGAAUAUUUAAGAUCAUUAUUUUACUGAUCCUAUUUUACUUUGAACAACUUUUAGCAUUUGUUGAUAUUGACCCAGAGGACAUCGUAGACCAUAUCCUUCAAAAUCCUACACCAAAACUGCCAUCAAACAAAUGGUGAGUCAUUCUCUAAAUGGGGGUUUAAUUUACAACGUGACUUUACCCAUUUUCGAAAAAAAGAUGCAUGGGUUUAUUUAGGUUCUACAUUCAUUGCACAAUCUGCUGUAUAUUCUAUAAAGUCAAUGACAUCCACCAAGGUGUAACCUUGUUAUCUUAUUACCUCAAUAUAUUAUACUUUCUACUCACUGAUGUGCCCUUAAGAAUAGGCAUUGUUUGCCGUGCCAUUUUAAUAUAUGCACAGUAAUUAUUGGAGCCCACAGUAUGUAUUUAAUAGCCUUCUCCCAAGGGGAGUUUAACCAGAAAGCUGAAGUUAACAAAUAUAUUCAUCUUUUUCCAGGUCAGAAAAGUUCCAAUCAUUUCUGGAGUUAUGUUUGGAGAAGAAUGUUAAUAGCAGACCAACUGCAAAGCAACUCCUAAAGCACCCAUUUGUUAAAGAUCUGCCCCCUGACAAACAGAUCAGAGGGGAAAUUAAGGACCACCUUAAGGCCCUUAAAGCACGACGCUCUAUAAAAGAGAGUUGCCCACAUAAAAGAAACCUCACACCAUGCCUGAAAAUAGUUUCAGAUGAAGAAGAAGAUGAGGAGGAGGAAAAAGAGAGCAAGACGCCUCAAGAGAGAAGUCCAACAAUACCUCUUAGAAACCGGUGCACACCAUUCCGAGAGAAAGUAAAUCCGCUCACUAUAAAAUACUCAAGUGAAGAGGAAAGUGAGGAAGAAGAAACUUCUAGAGCCUCACAAGAAUUACAAAAGACCAGCCAAUGUAAACGGCAAAGUACACCUUAUAAGGGUAAACGAAAUCCUCUGAAGAUACAAUAUUCUUCAAGUGAGGAGGAAAAUACUGAAGAACCCACUAAAGACCUUGAAGAUAAUGAAUGUGAAGAGCUUUCCAAUGAGUCAGAUGAAGUAAAUUCUGUACAGGACGAUGACUCAUGUGACCAGGCCCCUGAGAUGAAAGAAGAAGCCUCAGUUGGUGAUGGUUCAUAUAAUACUGAACCUGGCACUGGAAAUGAGGCUGAUGAGAAAGAAGGAUCAUGUGACCAGGCCUCACAAAUUAAUGAAGAAACCUCAAAUGCUGAUGGUUCUUUAAAUCAUGAACCUGAAAAUGACAUUGAGGAGAUAGAUGGCCCAUUUCAACAAACUGCAGAAAAAGAGGAGCCAUUGAAUCCAAACCCUGGAGUUGAAGAAGCCUCAGUCGGUGAUGGUUCAUGUAAUACUGAACCUAGCACUGGAAAUGAGGCUGAGGAGAAAGAGGGAUUGUGUGACCAGGCCUCACAAAUUAAUGAAGAAACAUCAAAUGCUGAUGGUUCAUUAAAUCCUGAACCUGAAAAUUAUAUUGAGGAGAUAGAUGGCCCAUUUCAACAAACUGCAGAAGAAGAGGAGCCAUUGAAUCCAAACCCUGGAGUUGAAGAAGCCUCAGUUGGUGAUGGUUCAUGUAAUACUGAACCUGGCACUGGAAAUGAGGCUGAGGAGAAAGAGGGAUCAUAUGACCAGGGCUCACAAAUUAAUGAAGAAACCUCAAAUGAUGAUGGUUCAUUAAAUCCUGAACCUGAAAAUGACAUUGAGGAGAUAGAUGGUCCGUUUCAACAAACUGCAGAAGAAGAGGAGCUAUUGAAUCCAAACCCUGGAGUUAAAGAAGCCUCAGUUGGUGAUGGUUCAUGUAAAAUGUAUUAAAUCCUGAACCUGAAAAUGACAUUGAGGAGAUAGAUGGCCCAUUUCAACAAAUUGCAGAAGAAGAGGAGCCAUUGAAUUCAAACCCUGGAGUUGAAGAAGCCUCAGUUGGUGAUGGUUCAUGUAAUACUGAACCUGGCACUGGAAAUGAGGCUGAGGAGAAAGCGGGAUUAUGUGACCAGGCAUCACAAAUUAAUGAAUAUGGUUCAUGAAAUACUGAACCUGGCACUGGAAAUGAGGCUGAUGAGAAAGAGGGAUCAUGUGACCAAGCCUCAGAAAUUAAUGAAGAAACCUCAAAUGCUGAUGGUUCAUUAAAUCCUGAACUUGAAAAUGACAUUGAGGAGAUAGAUGGCCCAUUUCAACAAACUGCAGAUGAAGAAGAGCGAUUGAAUCCAAACUCUGGUGGUGAAGAGGUGACAAGCCAGGAGCUGAUUCAUACCUGAACACCACAGAAAUAGGGUCAUGCCCAAUAACAUUCUAGGCUAUUGGACCUACUGAUGCAGCAUACCUUACCCCAGUGGGAGUACAAAAAGCUACGGGUGGGUGGAUGGGUUAAGGAAGCUGCAUCAUAUCAACCACCUCAAGCAGUAUGGGGCAUAGAAGCCCCUGCAUGUGUCCAUGUAAUACAUUUAAAUAAAGCUAAAUAAA